AUAAUAAUGGAUACCGCCACCGGUUGUGCUCAUUGGGAAAGAACUAAUCAACCUCCCAACUACAAUCGGAAUAAAGCUAUUCUCUUAUAUAUUACUUCUUGGAUCACAUUUAUUGUAGCGAUUGUUCUAUUGCUGAAGGGUGCAGUGUCCAAAGAUCAAAACGAUCAAGCAAUUGAGAGAAACGACAUGUACUAUUGUCCUGUCGUCAAAGCCGGAAUCUUUGCCGUUGGAGCUAGCUUUGCUGCUAUAAGUUUCAUUUCCGGUGUCUUACUUUUUCAAACCCUAAAUCCGAAAGGGGAGGACGCUAACAAUGCACCGAUUCCGAAUGAAGGUGGCGUACAAAGGUGCGUCUAAGGGGAGACAAGCAGGGGUCAUGCCCCUCCAAUACAGAAAUUAUAAAUGAUAAUAAAUAGUACUUUGCCCUCUUUUAAAAUAAUCUAUUUUAUUUAAUUACUUUAAAAAUAAUAAAAUUA